UGAACUUCUCUGGGUUUCUCUCUUCUUUUUUCACAGCUCUUGCACAAACAACAUGUUCUCAGGUUCGAACCUGGAGACGAUCGCGUUAGCAGGAAGCUGUGGCGUCUUUGACACAAUCAUCAGAGGUGUGAUGAUGAAACCCCCAGAUGGCGAGGCGCCUCAGUGCAGCGGCUCAGGAUGGAGGUAGCAGCUCUCUGCGCUGUCGUUGCUUGUCUGAGGCUCUUCCCCAGCAGAUCCCAGUUCUUCCAGUAUGAAUCUGUUUCUCUGAGCUGUGAAGGAAACUCGUCUGAGUGGAGAGUCAGGAGAAAUACAUCAAAACAAAUAAAUGGACUCUGUCCCUCAUAUUCAAAUCACACACAUGAAACUGAAUGCAUCUUCAGUGAGCUGUAUGAAGCCGACUCUGGAGUUUACUGGUGUGAAUCUGCAGCAGGCGAACGCAGCGAUUCAGUCAACAUCAGCGUAACAGAUGAACCAUUGAUCCUGGACAGUCCUGCACACUCAGUUAGUGAAGGAGAAAACCUGACUCUUCACUGCAGAUUCAGGCCACCGUCUUUCUCCAAUCUGACUGGUUUCUAUAGAAACGGGGUUCUGGUCGGGAACAGCUCUACGGGAACCUUCACCAUCCGAAGCGUUUCUAAAUCUGAUGAAGGAUUUUAUAAAUGUAACGCCUCUGGAGUGGGAGAAUCAGCAGAAACCUGGCUGGAUGUAACAGGGCGCAGGCCUCAAACGCCUACGGCUCCGCUCGCCCUCAUACUACUUCCUGUUGUGGCCUGCAUUUUGUUGCUGAUUGCGCUGAUGUUGCUCUGCCGCUGGAGAAACCGCAAAGGUGGAGUGAAGCGUUCUGUGUCCUACACCGAAGUCAUCAUCUCACAGGACAGGAAACCUCAGAGAAUCACUGACACAGGCUCUGUCUCGACCUUCUAUUCAGGAGUGAAUCCAGACAGUUGCUGAUAACAUGAGAACCAGCUUCAUGGAGCGUCACGGCAGGCCGGGCUCUCCUGUCUCCAGAAACACAAAACAUUCAUAAUAAUGGGGUCUGUAUAUCUUUGAAUGGUCAUUAAAUGUUAAAACUUUGGACAUUUUCACAUGUUCCUCUGAAGCUUAGAAGUUCAGUCUAAAUCUAAAUCCUGGUGGAUUUUUCUGGUACUUCAGCCCAACUUUUUGGCCUGUUUGUGAUUUUCUGCAAUAUAUUAAAGCCUAACUGUCCUUUCAGUUGUUUAGCUUCUUUUUGUUAUCACUUUGUAUUGCAUAGAUACUGGUGCUAUGAGAAUAUUUAACUUUUUUACUGAAUUGGUUUGCUGAGUUGCUUUAUGUUUUAAUCUAUUGUGUUUUUUUAGUCUUAAUUUCACCACAAAUGUUUAUUAUUGUUUUUAUGAGGGCCCUGCAUCUUAUUGGUUAGGUUGUGUGGGUUGAUUUUUACUUCAAAACCUUAUUGAACCAACAUAUGUUUCCUUUUUAGACAUUCUCACUUGUGAUACUGGAAUGAAAUCUUCCUUUGACUCUCAAACACAGUUUUAGAGAAACAGCCAGGUGGAGUUUCUUGUCUCAGUUUCUGUAUUUUCUUGUUUAGAUGUGAUUGUAGCGUGGUUUGCUAGUUUGCCUGAUCAGGUCAGUUUUGUCAAACAAACCCCUCAGUAGUGUUGGAGUUGUGUGUGAUGAAGCCGUAGAGCAGGGGGCCGGAUACACAUCCUGGUGGAACUCCGCUGUUAACGACAUCACCUCUGAAAUACUGUUUAAAAAUAAAUUCUUUCACUUUUUAUUCCUCUUUCUGGUAACAUUUUUAACACUCACUAUAUAUAACUGGCUCUCCUCCAAAGAUGUGUUCAAAAGCCUUAAAACUAAUGGUUGCUAUGGAAACAUGGUAUCCACUGAUUGCUCUCUGUAUUGCUGUUACUUUAACAGAGAGUAACCCUUUUUUACCAGCCUGUACGUUGAGAUAUUUAAAUGUUUUUCUGUUCCUGUAGAUGUGGGUGAGUUUAGAUGUUUUCUUUUACUCGUGCCUCGAGGCCAGUGGCGGUUCUGGCAUGGCAGUUGCCCAGGGCGGCACUAGAACACCUGGGAGGUAAUUGUUGCACAGUCACCAGAUGCAAUAACAUGCUGAUCUGUCCUUUGUGAUUUAUUAACCAGGCUGGUGGCUGGAAAUGUAUGCAAACUAUUUCACAUUCUUUGUGCAGGAUUGAAAUAUAUUUUGAAUUUUCCCCAGAACUGAAAAUGUUUCCUGUAGUUUGAUUGGUUAGGAGGCAGAACGACAGGAUUACCAGGAGGGCGUUGAUGUAAGAACCACCAGGGCAUAAGGCCAUUUAGUGGGUUGUUGUCUUUCCCAUUUUGCACAGUGGCUAAAUGAAGUGAACUUUUGCAUUCAUGAAUUAAAACCCCUGCUGA